AUGAGCAACGAACAAGAAGUACCUGGUGGGUUCGAAGAUACGGACGUCCAUGAUCAUACCCUGCUAGCGCCAGGAGAGGGCAAUGCCGUUCAAAAGGUCAACAGCAAUGGAAAACAGUCAGACAUCAAGUGGAAGCAGGCUUCCAAAACAGUAGACGAACAACUCAUGCCCGAUAUGUCCAAUGAGGAUCUAUGGUUGCUCAUUCGGAGGUUUAACAAGCAAAUACAUCAUGUCAAAGCCAUACAAGGCCCUCCCCAGGAUGAGCUGGAUCUCAACCGGGCAGACGAGGAACACUUUCCGCCAGAAAAGCUGCGGGCAACUACUGAACGGUUUUAUACUUCUGUGGUUGUGGGGUUGGUUAAUUUCUUCCGUCACAUCACUAGACUGCGGUCAUGGAGAGAGCCUAGACGUACCUCGGCUUUCUGUAUAACUUACUUCGUUGCAUGGUUUUUAGAUCUACUUAUUCCUUUGACAACCGGUGUUCUUGUUGCGUUGAUCCUGUCCCCGUCGACACGAUCACUGCUCUUCCCUCCUGGUAGUACUUCAAGGAAAGGCUCAGAUGCUGGUGGCAGCGAGCAGUCCACACGUAAUAGCAUCACCAGUGCUCCAGAAACAUACAAAGGUGAAGCAGCAGAGCAGGAGGCCUCCAACUUGGUCAACGAUAUCGCCAAUGUCGCCAUGGAAAGUGCCCGAGGCAAAUAUGGUCAAUCAGUCAUUGACGACGAUGCUGAGGAGUCCUCCGAGCCUGAACCAGUUGAGGUCGGGGCAAUCACCGCAGACGUGCAAGCCGAGAAUGCACCAGCCGAAGAUAAGACUAAAAAGCCUAUGAAGAAGAAGAUAUCAAAGGCUACGAACCAGACGAUGCGUAUAAUCAGUGAUAUUACAGAUAUAUAUGAGCAGUUUUCCAAUCUUCUAACCCCCACACCACCAUUCCUUGCCAUUACCCCUCGCCUGCAACUGGUGGGGGCAUUGAUAUCUAUAGGUCUGAUGUCUCUGGUCACGUCGAGCCAUUUUAUGAUCAAGUCUGGUAGCUUUAUCUUUGGGCUGGCCGUCUUUGGUGACCCUGUCCUGCAACGCAGUAUAGCCAUCCUAAACGACAAGGUUGCAAACUGGAAAGAAUACUUAGACUUACAGAAUACCCUUCUAAAAGGUGUACCCACAAACGCCCAACUCACACUGGCCCUCCUUCGUCUUGGUGAAAUCAACUCCACGCCGUUACCUCCACCACCAAGCUCGCAUAACAAUGAGCCCUUAUGGCCUAUUCGUCGCAAACCUUUCGGUAGAAUAACGUCUAGCGCAAAUGACGAGGGCGCUUCUACAUCUCUCGUAUCCCAAACCCAAAGCCCCAAGCCAGAACUUUCCAAGGCGGAAGCUCGCAAGAAGAAAUGGUCCAAGAUCCUCAGAUUCAUCGGUCGAACAAUCGCAACAGCAAUGAAAGGUCACAUUGCGUUCGACCGCGCAAUGAGAAUCACGGAUUCAGUAAACACCAAGACCUUAAUUGGCCUGUUAAGCCGACGAGGCUGGGCUACGGCAUCGCCUCUCGGCCCUCUCAAAUUCGAGGCAAAAUUUGAGCGCAAGCGAGGUACAGUUGUCAUCGACUCAUCACAGGAGCAGCCCGUCCUAUAUUUCACGACUUGUCAAUCUGCUAAACUGGAUGAUUUGCGACUGGAGAAUCAGAAGAAGAGUGCCGUGUUGUUUCAGAUUCCUAUUACUGAAAUCAAGGAAUUAAAGAAGACGGAGGGGCUGGGUUGGAAGGGGAAGCUGAUUGUUGAGUUAACAGCUGAUACUAAGCAUUCCAUUGAUGGGUUGGUGAUUUCAAGGAUGGAGCCCCAUUAUCAAUCUUACCAUCUUACUGGAAUGCGAGGAAGGAAUCAGUUGUUUAAUCGACUUAUGCUAUGGAUGCGCAGUUUUGGGAGAGUCAUUAAAUUGGUUGAUUUCUUGUUUUGA